AUGAAGAAAGUUUUUUGUAUCCCUAAUCACAUUGGAUGCUCAAAAGUCAGAAAGGAGGUUGAAGAAAGAAAUCAUGAUAAAAAGCCGUACCAAGAACCUUCUGGAUUCAAGUCUGGACAAAGCCCUUUAUACAAGCAGGCUUUAAUUAAGCAGGAUAAGUGCAAUGGCAAGUCUAAGGCCCAAGCAGAGAGGAAUGGAGGCCAAUCAGAGAAGAACCAGCAUCAAUCGGAAGGAUCUCAACGCCAACCGGAAGAAAAUCGACACCAUUCAGAGAGAUCUCAAGGCCACUCAGAGAGAUCUCAUUGUCAGUCAAAGAGAUCUCGAGGGCAAUUAAAGAGAUCUUAUGGCCAAUCAGAGAGAUUUCGUGGCCAAUCAGAGCGAUCUCGUGGCCACACAGAAAGAUCCUGUGGCCAAUCAGAGAGAUUUCAUGGUCAAUCAGGGAGAUCUCAUGGCCACUCAGAGAGAUCUCGUGGCUACUCAGAGAGAUCUCGUGCCACUCAGAGAGAUUUCGUGGUCACUCAGAGAGAUAUCAUGACCACUCAAAGAGAUCUCAUGUCCUAUCAGAGAGAUCUUAUGUCCUAUCAGAGAGAUCUCAUGUCCUAUCAGAGAGAUCUUAUGUCCUAUCAGAGAGAUCUCAUGGUCAGUCAGAGAGAUCUCAUGGCCAAUCAGGGAGAUAUCGAAGACACUCACCAGUAGGAAGAUUCAAAACAUCACCCAGAAUUGAGUCUGAAUUUGACAGGUCUUUUAAAAUGAAAAAAAGGAAUGAAUACUACCACAGAGGGAUGCAGCAAAGAAAUCAUCAAAUGAACAUGAAUCGAGGGGUAAGUAUCAGCACUUUCAACUUUAUAGCACAGAAUCCGUGUCUUUUUAC